GUCAGAGACAAGUAGGUAUUCAAGUGGAUGAGUCGCCCCUGAUUGCUAGGGAGACGUUAGGUCAAGUCCAAGAGCUGUCAAUUAAAGAGAACAAUCAGACACAAAGAUAGCGCCAAUUCGUCUUCGAGAUUCAAGGCCCAUUGUUACGAUAGUCUGCAGUUCUUGUCUUGUGAGACUCGACUAACUGACAAUGAGGGAAGCAUUUGGUCAGAGCUUGCAGUAUAGACUGAAUGACCUCGUUGUAUAUUGUCGACAUAAAGCCUUACCCAAGAACCGCCAGCUUUGUUCCCAUUAUGGCCUCGCAGACGCAUUCUUACGAGUCCUCUUGUAGUGCGGAUCAGUUGAGAGUAUAAGAAACACAAUGUCCGCGCAUGUACAGUCGACUGAGCGACAGAGUCCAGCCAUCAACCAGCAGAAGAUCAUCUAUCAGACAUCACCAAACCUGAAAGAUAUAUUCAGCAGUACGAGUAAGACCAGCGAUUCUUUCCAGACGCCCAUAAUGAACAACGCAUUCAUGCCCUGGGCGGCGCCUCCGCCCGGGCUAUUUCCCUUCCUGCGUCUGCCCCCUGAAGUCCGCACCUUGAUUUACGAACAUGCCUUCGUCCUCAAUAUACACAUUGAGCUGGCCAUACGUGACGAGAACGCACCUCGCCUGUCAGCCUUGACACCCUACAAGUGCCAGUGCGCCCAGCAUGCCGACGAGCGCAUGGCCCCCCUGCCACGACACUUCCUCGCUCUGCUCGAGACCUGCACGCUAAUCAAACGGGAAGCCGCGCCUAUCCUGUACGGAAAGAACGUGUUCUGCUUCGGCGAUGGACUCAUGUGGGAACCUGAUUAUCUCUUCAUUGCGCACAGGAGUCUGCAACGCAUCGGUGCGACUAACUUGAACUUCAUCAAAGCCAUCGGUCUACACGUGGAUGCACUGCCCAAUGUAAUUGCAAGAGACUACACCGCACCCCCUGGGGUAUGGCCUGCUUGGAGAAUUCCAGCUCCCUAUCCGCAGGGCGAGUUGGUGCGCUACAUUGCGGCCAUGUGCCCCCGGAUCGACACAAUCUACCUGGGCGACAUCGGGAGGCUGAAGACAUGGGACAAAGAGCAUGGAGCUCAUAUCGCGUCUGUUCGGGGCCACGACGAAAUGGCUCAAGUCGUCUGGGAGUUCCACCCGCAUCGUCAUAGGCUGCUACGCGCCACUUCCACCCGGUCACAGAGUGAGCCCCCGCAACCGCGACGAUUGGCCUGUCUAUGAGGCCGAAUGGCAAGCCAGAUUUGACACGAUAGACAUGGACUGGGUGGACGGGGAGGAGGAGGAGAGCAAUGUACCGUGGGCGGAAAUGAGCCGCGAAGAGUUGGAGAGGUUCAUGACGAAUGAGCAUGUCAAUGAGGAUCAACGUUUCAAAAGAGCUGCCCUCGACGCGGGAUGGGAGAUUCUACCCAGAGGGGAG